GGCGACGUCAUUGGCCGGCGCCGCCGGAAGUGCACCUGCCGGGGCGGAAGCGUGUCUCGGAGGGCUGGGACGGCGGGGACGAGUGGAGCCGUCAAGCUGUGACUUCGACUCCACCUCCCAGGCUGACCGAGGAUGGGGGAGAAGGCGGAGGACUGUCGGGUCCCCGAGGAGCUGUUUAAUGGCCUGAGAGUCACCGAGCCCCAGGAAGCAGAGGGUGCUAGCGUCGCGGGGUCCCCCAGCCAGCCGGAGGAGCAGGAAGAAGAGGAACGUUUCCAUGCCUGCAGGUCUUCCUUUGAGGACCCCGAGUCCGAGCCCGGAGCAGCGGAGGCGGAUGGCAAAGCUGUAGAGGACGAGAGCGCUUCCGAACUGGAUGAAGAAUAUCUUUUGGAGCUGGAGAAACACAUGCCCGAGGAGGAGAAGCAGAAAAGAAGAGAAGAGAGCACUCGUCUAAAGGAGGAAGGAAACGAGCAGUUCAGGAAAGCAGAUUAUAUAGAAGCUGAGAAUUCUUACUCUCAGGCUCUUCAGACCUGCCCAUCCUGCUUCCAGAAGGAGAGGUCCGUGUUGUUCUCUAACAGGGCUGCUGCCAGGAUGAAACAGGACAAGAAAGAAGCAGCCAUCAGUGAUUGCAGCAAAGCAAUCCAGUUAAAUCCCAGCUAUAUCAGGGCGAUCCUGAGGAGAGCAGAGUUGUAUGAGAAAGCUGACAAGCUCGAUGAGGCACUAGAAGACUAUAAGUCUGUGCUAGAAAAGGACCCUUCAGUGCCCCAAGCACGAGAAGCCUGCAUGCGAUUACCUCGACAAAUCGAAGAACGUAAUGAGCGGCUAAAGGAGGAGAUGAUGGGUAAACUGAAAGAUCUUGGGAACUUGGUUCUCCGACCCUUUGGACUUUCCACAGAGAACUUCCAAAUCAAACAGGAUUCUUCUACUGGCUCCUACUCCAUCAAUUUUGUUCAAAAUCCAAAUAACAACAGAUAACAAAGAUAACGGCAUCAUCGUAACUGGCUUGGAGGUUGUGUGCUGCUUGCUGUUAGCAAAGGGGCAGGCCCUGCUGGCAUAUUACUUGUCCAAGCGUCCACUCUCCGACGGGCUCCGUUAACUGAGGUGGACAGCCCUCCUGAUGCCAUGAGCCUCAUCUGAUUCCAUUUCAAGGUGGUGUCUAUGUGUUGUCUGUCCCUAUUCUCCCAUCCCUUGUUCUGUCCGGAGGUACCGGCUUGUUCAGGCCCACCUCCCUCAGGCUGCACAUGCACUGACCCAGCCAGAGUCUCCUGGACCUGGAGAUGCUGAUAGGGUUUGUGGGCCACCUACCUGCAGCCCUUCCCAUGAGCCCAUGUCCCCAGGCUGCUGUGCGACUCCAGCACCGUCUGAUUGCUGUGGUAAUAAAUGCUUUCUCUAUUCUGAA